AUGCGAUUCCUCUGUCUUCAUGGCUCUGGCGCAAGCGGUGCGAUAUUCAAAUCUCAAACCGCACCCUUUCGCGCAAAGCUCCCUUGCGGUGAGCAUGAGUUUGACUUCAUCGAUGCGCCUCACUCUUCACCGGCCGGACCAGCGAUCGCACCCUUUUUCGCACCGCCAUAUUACUCGUUCUUGAAGUCAUAUCAGCGAGACGACGUUCAAUGGACACUUGACUGGUUGAGACGGCACAUCAAGGCCCAGUCAGAGCGUUACGAUGCCGCGCUUUGCUUCUCCCAGGGUUGCGCGGUACUGGCCAGCCUGAUACUGAACGACAAUAACGAGCGGCCAGAAGAGCCUCCGCUGUUUCGAGCCGCGAUGUUCAUAUGCGGAGGCGCUCCGCUCCCAGUGCUCGCUGACCUUGGCUUCACGGUCUCGGCGGCGGCGUGGGAGCUGAAUGAUGCCACUGGAAAGGAGCUAUGGCAGCGCUCCAACUCGCUGGAUGAGAUCGUAGCUGCCAGGCGCGCACAGAAUGGUCACACGGGACUUGGUGCAGGAUGGUCGAACGGCAGAACCAGCGAUACCGGAUCAUAUUCCGUCGCCGAGUGCGGUGUUUCAGAGGCUGGAUGGAUCACGGAAAUCAACUCGCUUGAGGAUGUCUUUGGGCUUGACUUGACACAGCUUCCGUCCAGUUGGCAGAUCCAAGUUCCUUCGGUCCAUGUGGUUGGCUCGCAAGACCCGAGACGACCAAACGGGAUCCAGCUUGCUGCCCUGUCACCACCAAAGCAACGGCUUGUGUACGAUCAUGGCGGCGCGCAUGACAUACCGAGACGAACCCAAGUCUCCCAGGACCUCGCUACGGCGGUGCAAUGGCUGUCCAAACAUCUCGAGUAG